AUGAAGGAUAAGCCUGCAUCGUCUGCAUCUCCAGCACCUUCAGCGCCUCAGCCGCCUGCGUCUCCGUCUGGGUGUGCACGCAAGAGUAACCAGGCCUUGGCGGCACCGGAAAGCUCUGGCUCGACUGGAAGCCUUCAGCUGACGUCGCCAUACUCUGUGGUGCAAGAAAUCCUUGCCCAAACACCGACUCAAGAGCCUCUGCCUGAGCUUAGCUCAGCCACACGGUCACCCGGCACAUCGCCCCACCAACAGCGGAAGCAGCCCUCGCUGACGCUGGACACAAAGUCAAACCGAGCCUCAGGGUCGUCAAACACAAACCUCGCCCACCCAAACCUCACCGGACCAACUUCAGCUCCUCCAGGCGCAGCCCCGGCGAUGCAGAACCGGUUUCCGCUUCCUCCGAGUGCGCCAGGACCCCAGCCAAUGUCGCGACAGGGGCCGGCGCCUGGGACGGUGUCGAGCACAAAGAGCUCGGUGGCAAGUAACCAGCAGCGACUGCCCAAUACAGGGAUCACCAGCCAAGGGAGGCUGUCUCCAUUCUCGAGCCUGGGAACGGGAAGUGUCUCCGCACCAAACCCAAGUGUGAGCUCGCGAGUAUACGGCGCCACGAACCUGCUCCAGGCGCAGUACCAGCACUCCUUCCGGAGCACCCUGAUGAUGGCGACCGAGGCGGAUGAGCGCCGUCGACUGAUCCGGCGACGGAGCGCCCUCAACAUUGUGGUGAUGUUGAUCUUGAGCCUCGUGGCGUUAGUUGCGCAAAUCACCGUGCGAGUGAUGAUGAUCAACAACGACAACCAACUGGGCCUCAAAGAUAUGAUCUGGAGUCAGCAAGUGCUCGUCCAGAGUGCUCUCUCGCAAGCGUUAGCGAUAGCGCUUGGAUUGAACUCGACAGCAAUCUAUCCGACGGCGGACUAUCAGCGACAGAUGAACCAGUCUGUCUCGGCGCUAAACGGGACGCUUCUGCAAUGGAGCAGCAGCUACGUUGUCAUGGUCGAGUUCAUCCAGCUCAAGACUGGCAACACCACCGUCAACUCUCUCCAGUCCACAUUUGCUCUCGGCUACCAGUCACUUCAGAAUACCACCGCGGGCUGCCAGAGCCUGAUGGCUCUAGUGCUCCCCCAGACCAACUCAACGACCAACCUUACUGCCAUCGUCUACAAUCACAGCUACAACAACACCCCGUUCUCGACGAUCGACAGCCGGAUCUACACUUCGGUCGCCACAAUCCAAAGCGGUGCCGCCAACUUCAGCGCCCAGAUCGGGGCGAUCGAUGCAACGCUCGGGAUUAGCAUCCAGAGCAACACCUCAGAGUUGGAGACGGUGCAGACGGCAUUCAUGGCGGUAUGCGCGGCCCUCUUCCUGUUCUCGGUGGUGUACUUUUUGAUCCCGAGGAUCUCGCUACUAUUCUCGGGCGAGCUUGACGAGGAGGCCGAGCCUGCCGUCAGCGAGUCCGCGAGUAGUAGCGACAAACCCAAGGUGGAGCGCGGAAUGUCGGAACUUACGACGGCGUACCGGGUCGACGACCGGCUGGGAUCGAUAGCGAACGCAUACUACCACGGCCAGAAUCCGUCGCUUGUGGCGAACCAGCCCGGCGAUGCGUGA